AUGGAGACCAGAUGGAUGUGCAAUCUGAGAGAAAGGCAAGUCCUAAUUUUCUUUGUUUUCCUGAGCAUGUCUGGGGCGAGCGCCGAGUUGGGGCCCUAUUGGGUAGUGGAAGAAAUGGAGAGAGGCUCCUUUGUGGCAAAUCUAGGAAAAGACCUAGGGUUGGGAUUCACGGAGAUGUCCACCCGCGGGGCCCGGAUCGUUUCCCAGGGGAAAAAAGAGCAUUUGCAGCUCAAGGUUCAAACUGGAGAUUUGCUCAUAAGUGAGAAAUUAGAUCGAGAGGAGCUAUGCGGUCCUACUGAGCCUUGUAUACUACAUUUCCAAGUGUUAAUGGAAAAACCUUUAGAGAUAUUUCAGGCUGAGCUGAGAGUGAGAGACGUAAAUGACCAUUCUCCCGUGUUCACUGAAAGAGAAAUGAUUCUAAAAAUACCGGAAAACAGUCCUCUAGGAAAUGCAUUUCCUCUGAAUAAUGCUCUGGACAUGGACGUAGAAAACAAUAAUGUUCAGAACUAUAGAAUCAGUCCCAACUCCCAUUUCCGCGUUCUAACUCGCGAACGCAAGGAUGGCACAAAAUACCCUGAGCUGGUGAUAGAUAAAGAACUGGAUCGGGAGGAGGAGCCCGAGCUAAGAUUAACCCUGACGGCGCUGGAUGGCGGCUCUCCGCCCCGGUCUGGGACUGUCCGGGUCCUCAUUGAAGUGAUGGACACCAAUGAUAACGCCCCUGAGUUUGAGCGGCUGAUCUACACGGUGCAGAUUCCUGAAAACAGCCCGGUAGGCUCCCUGGUUGUCACUGUUUCUGCCAGCGAUUUAGACAGCGGAGUCAACGGUAAAAUAUCAUACACACUCUUUCAGCCUUCGGAAGAUACUAGCGAAACUUUGGAGGUAAAUCCUAUGACAGGAGAAAUUCGGCUGAGAAAACGAGUAGAUUUUGAAACAGUUCAGUCUUAUGAGGUGGACGUCAAGGCCACGGAUGGGGGAGGUCUUUCAGGAAAAUGCACUCUCCUUCUGCAGGUGGGGGAUGUGAAUGACAAUCCCCCAGAAGUGACAAUGUCUGCACUCUCCAGCCCCAUCCCAGAGAACUCCCCUGAGAUUGUAGUUGCUGUUUUCAGUGUUUCAGAUCCUGACUCUGGGAACAACGGGAAUACCAUUACCUCCAUCCAGGAAGACCUUCCUUUUCUUCUAAAACAUUCGGUCAAGAACUUUUAUACCCUAAUAACAGAGAGUGCACUAGACAGAGAAAGCCAAGCCGAGUACAACAUCACCAUCACCGUCACCGACUUGGGGACGCCCAGGCUCAAAACCGAGCACAGCAUAACCGUGCAGGUCUCCGACGUCAACGACAACGCCCCUGCCUUCACACAAACCUCCUACACCCUGUUCGUCCGCGAGAACAACAGCCCCGCCCUGCACAUCGGCAGCGUCAGCGCCACAGACAGAGACUCGGGCACCAACGCCCAGGUCACCUACUCGCUGCUGCCGACCCACGACCCGCACCUGGCCCUCGCCUCCCUGGUGUCCAUCAACGCGGACAGCGGACACCUGUUCGCCCUGCGGUCGCUGGACUACGAGGCCCUGCGGGCGUUCGAGUUCCGCGUGGGCGCGGCAGACAGAGGCUCCCCCGCGCUGAGCAGCGACGCGCUGGUGCGCGUGGUGCUGGUGGACGACAACGACAACGCGCCCUUCGUGCUGUACCCGCUGCAGAACGGCUCUGCGCCCUGCACCGAGCUGCUGCCCAGGCAGGCCGAGGCGGGCUCCCUGGUGACCAAGGUGGUGGCGGUGGACGGCGACUCGGGCCAGAACGCCUGGCUGUCGUACCAGCUGCUCAAGGCCACGGAGCCCGGGCUGUUCGGCGUGUGGGCGCACAACGGCGAGGUGCGCACGGCCCGGCUGCUGAGCGAGCGCGACGCGGCCAGGCACAGACUGCUGGUGCUGGUCAAGGACAAUGGCGAGCCGCCGCUGUCGGCCACCGUCACGCUGCACGUGCUGCUGGUGGACGGCUUCUCCCAGCCCUACCUGCCGCUGCCGGAAGCGGCGCCGGAGCGGGCGCAGGCCGACUCGCUCACCGUCUACUUGGUCAUCGCGCUGGCCUCGGUCACCUCGCUCUUCCUGUUCUCGGUGCUCCUGUUGGUGGCGGUGCGGCUGUGCAGGAGGCGCAGGGCGGCCUCGGAGGGCCGCUGCUCGGUGCCUGGGGGCCGCUUUCCGGGCCACCUGGUGGACGUCAGCGGUACGGGGACCCUGUCCCAGAGCUACCAGUAUGAGGUGUGUCUGAUGGGAGGCGCAGGGACAAAUGAGUUCAAGUUUUUGAAGCCGGUUAUCCCCAGCCUCCCGCCCCUGGGCUCUGGGAAAGAAAUAGAGGAAACUCCUAACUUUCACCAUAGCUUUGAAGUUAAUUAUUGA